AUGGAAGAGGAGAAGGAAGCUCCUCCGUUUGAGCAACCUGUGCUGGUUGAGGAACCUUUGGAUUUGAUUAGACUGAGUCUGGACGAAAAAGUAUUUGUGAAAAUGCGUCACAAUAGAGAAUUGGUCGGCGUUCUUCAUGGUUUCGAUUCUCAUCUCAAUUUGAUCCUUGGUAAUGUCGAAGAGACGCUAACAACGUUAGAACUCGAUGAGGAGACCUAUGAAGAAAUCUACAAGACGACGAAAAGGAGUAUCCCUUUGCUUUUUGUCCGAGGUGACGGCAUCAUUCUCAUAUCCCCACCACAAGCUGAACAAUAA